AUCGUUCUGUUUUGUCGCUCUAAUAAUUAUUUCGAUUUCGGGGCUGAUUGAAGAUCCACUUAGGUUUACAUAUAGUGAUUCGCAAGUGUUUCUUUAUAAACAACUCGAAACCACUAGUUUUUAUUAAAAACAAUUGCAGAUUGUACCUUCUUAUGCUGGUAUGUGUAUUGUAUAAUCAGUCAGCAGUGAUUUUCCAUUGGCCAUAUUAAUUCAAGUAUGCGAACUAGUCAAGCAAUUGCGUUUAAAACCAGUAUUAUCAUACAAGUGUUAAUUUGUCAUACAAGUAUCAAUAUUUAAAUCAAUAAUACAUAAAUAGAUCGGAUGAGGAUCGCUCUAAUUGAGAUUCUUAAUGUGCAACAUUCCGACUGGAGAAAAAAUAUUGCAGGGUUCAUAGACAUUUUCUAAAUUAAAUGAGUUUUUAUUGGUGGACGCAAUGGAUCCUUUUCACCCCGGAUAAGUUAGGGAAACCCAUUGUGACUGCGUUUUGCCAAACUAGUACUUUUGCACUUCGUCACAAACAAAUUCACCAUUGUCAAGUAAGAAUAAUGUUAUUUUUUGGCUUUUACAGGUAAUCUAUCGAUUUUUUCAAGUGCCUCGCUCGAUAAACACGCCGAUCUAUUUAAAGCCGUUAUCCGUAUCACUUUUACAAGAAUCUAUUCAAGUUUACGAGUGCUGUUCAGCCAAAGGGGCGAUAAACCAAAUUGAAAGGUCAUGCUGCGUCUGUUGUUCUUCGUCCUAUCGUUGGCGGCUCCUAAAAGCGCAAUCACUGACCUCCGAAUGGAGCGCUCCAGGCUGGUGAAAGCCGCUCCAGAUCGCUACAAUUGCACCGUAUACUCUCACGAAGACGAUUUUGAGGUGCACUGCCGAGGAAACGGUCUGGGGCAGAUUCCCUCCAGUCUGAACAGCAGCCUCAACAAGCUGAUCAUUUCCGAAUCCAAGAACAUUUCGCUUAUAAGUAAUACGGCCCUCAAUCCGUAUAAGAUGGGACUGCAGGAUGUAACGUUGUCGGACUUGCCGCACCUCAGGGUGAUUGACGAUGGCACUUUUGCAGACAUUCCCAAUCUGCGGACAAUUUACAUUUAUAAUGCGCCGCAAAUCAAAUUUAUCUACGGAUUGUUGAAGGGAGUCACCUCGAAGCACUUCAGAUCGCUCCGGAUCGUGAACACUGGCCUACACGACGUUCCCCAACUAUCCUUCCUUCCACCGGAAAAUACAAUGUUUUUACUAGAUCUGGACCACAACAAGAUAGAGCGAUUGCACAGCAAUUCGAUCAAAGUAUCGGCUCAGCAAGUAACAUUAAACUUCAAUGAAAUCACCACAAUAGAAAACUACGCCUUUAAUGGAUCGCAAAUUGGACUGCUGCACAUCACCGCCAACCCGAAACUAACGCAACUGGAAGAGUUUGCUUUCAAAGGGUUGCUCAACUUGAGGGAGUUAGAUUUAUCGUUCUCAUCCAUAAAAACACUCUCCUAUCUCGGGCUGGAGUCUUUGGAAGUACUCAAGAUACGAAACACCCCGACACUUCACACUAUUCCCAGCCUGUACGACUUGCCAAGCUUGAAGUUGGCGAAACUCACGCACCAUUUCCACUGCUGUGCAUUUCAGUAUCCAAAACAGCACUCUCCAAUUAAGCAUGCCGCUUAUGAAGAAAGUAUGCGGCAAGUGUGCAUCAAAAGCCAGAUGUCUUUUCAAACGACUGAUUUUAAGAAGCGAAAAAGAGCUGUGGAGUAUGCUAACACGUACAGGCCGCAAAAGUUCCCGAACGAUCAUCUAACCGAGCAAGCUUUAGGGUAUCUAGUGCCCCAGUUUGGGGUGACCCAGCAGGCUCAGAAGCCCCUGAUUGGACACUUUAUCGACCAUCAGAAACCCAGAGAUCCUGAGGACGCAUAUGAAGACAUGGGCACGUUCCAUUCCAGUCCCACAUUGAUCAAUGACACGUCGAUCGAGGUGUUUUGUGGGAAUAUCAGCUUCAAGUUGCAAAGUGUUCAAUGCACCCCAGAUCCAAACGCCUUGAAUCCAUGCGAAGACAUUAUGGGGUUUAUUUGGCUGAGGAAUUCUGUAUGGUUCGUAGUCAUUUUGGCUGUUGUUGGCAAUGUGGCUGUAGUGGUUGUUAUUUGGUUUAGCAACACUGAAGUAAACGUGUCGAGGUUCCUGAUUUGCAAUUUGGCUCUGGCCGAUCUCUGCAUGGGACUCUACCUCAUGUUAAUUGCGUCCAUGGACUAUCACUCCGUUGGAACGUACUUUAAUUUUGCCUAUGAUUGGCAGUAUGGAAUUGGAUGCCAGAUUGCAGGUUUUCUCACCGUAUUCGCAGGACAUCUUUCCAUUUUCACAUUAACGAUUGUGACCAUUGAAAGAUGGUUUGCAAUCAAGUACGCAAUUGACCUCACGAAGCGAAUUAGACUGCCGACUGCGGUUCGAAUCAUGAUUGGAGGAUGGAUUUACUCCAUUCUGAUGGCAAUGUUCCCGUUGUUUGGUAUUAGUAACUACAGCAGCACAAGCAUAUGCUUGCCGAUGGAAGUGAAGUCAACUUUCGAUAAGAUUUACCUCUACAGCAUAUUCAUGAUCAAUGGUUUCUCGCUGGCGCUGAUCGUAUUCUGCUACGCUCAGAUUUACUUCAGCUUGGGCUAUGAAACGCGAAGAACCAGUCAUAAGGGCGAGUUGACCAUCGCGAAGAAAAUGGCUCUGCUCAUUUUCAUAGAUUUUGCCACUUAUGCGCCGGUGGCCUUCUUCGGGCUGUGCGCUCUGCUGGGAUACCCACUGAUCAACAUAACAAAAUCGAAAAUAUUACUGGUUUUCUUUUAUCCUUUGAAUGCUUGCGCGAAUCCAUACCUGUACGCACUGAUGACCCUACAGUAUAGAAGAGAUAUAUACGGGAUUGUUUCCAAGUGUGGUUUUUGCAAGACUAAAACUCAACAGUGUGCGAUAAGAGAAGAUUUUCCCAUUGGAAAACCAUGUCCCUUGCUACCGAAGGACGAGAAUAAUUCCCAUCAAUGUUGCAACAACAACUGUGACCAAACAGAGACAAAUGGCAGCGGUCCAAGUGCUCCAAACAAUACUUAUGUCUAAUCGUAUUGAAGCUGACUGGAUUAUUUAUUUAUUUAUUGCGAAACGGGUGUGAUUUAAGUAUAACGGAGAUUUCCAGUGUUGGAAUUUAUGUGCCAAAACGAUAGUACUUAUAAUAUAUGAAAAUUGUAUUAUAUUAGUAAAAUAAAUCACAUAUGUAAAGUA